UUUUUUUCAAUUUACUAUCUUAUCGGAAUCAAAAAAAAUAAUAAUAUAAAAAAAUAAAUCUAUCUAGGUCUAGAUUUAGAUCUAGACAUCUAGAUCUAUAUAGAACAAAGUUAAAUGAGCAGUUGCUUCAGUUUGAGAGAGAUGAAAAGUAAAUUCAAUUUAAGUCAUGACUAUCAAUGUCGAAUCUAAUCCAAUUUAGAUAAUUUUCAAUAGGCUUUUUCUUUCAAAAAGUCUUUUAGAACAGCCUGCAAAUAUGUACCAUUUGAUGCAUCAAAUUUGUAUCUAACAUUUCUAUUAUAAUAUAGUUAUGACAUUUGAAUCCAAACUAUAUUCAAAAAUAAGGACUAGAAAGAAUGGAAGUUGUGUACAAACUGCAUUUAAAUAAUCAAAAAAAAUAUGUUCAAAAGCCUUAUUUAAAUACAGGAAAUGGUCAAAUUUCUAAUCAAGCAAGAAAACAAAGCAAAAAAAAAUGUUUUUCUCCUUGUCGCUUAGAUGAACUUGCAGCUCCACCAGCCAGAUUGCGUCUUCUUCCAGUGCAUCAAAAAAUGACGAAUAUUAGAUUGAAGAAACUUCCUUUGCUUGCAGCAGUUAAACCAGAGAAUGUGAAAGCUGAAAAAGAUAGGUUCAUGAGAGCAAACUUCAAUUACAACCCUUACUUUAUGUAUAAAGGAUGUACAGAUGAUAAAACUAUGAAUACAUUCAAUUAUCCAUCUGACAGAUAUUUGCCAGAGGCCAUAUUAAUUCUUGAAAACACAAUAGCCCAUUUUGGAAACUUUGAAACCUUUGAAAAGGUGACAGGAGGACCCCCGAUAACAAGGGCUGGAGUUUUAAGCCUGACAAAACAGUAUUUGGCCAAUGAAAAUUUAGAGGAUGAAGUGCGCAUCAUUCUCAAAGAUGACCUGAUCAGCAGAGGCUCCUUCAUCAACAGCCAUGGCUAUUACACAGUGCACCUACGUUGUGCUAAUCUUAGAGAAAACUGUCUUGAAGGUUUGCUCAAUCAUGAAGUAGUUUAUUUUCCAGGUACACAUUAUUUACGUAGUUACAACAAUAAACUCCAGCCUUGGGCUACUUUAGAUGAAAGAAAUAAAUUAGACAUUGGUCCUGUCAAUCCAACAGAAGAGGGUCUCGCUUCACUUCACAGUAUCAUGUUUAGAAGUAAACCUUUCCUGUGGCGCAUAGCUCUAUUGUACUACACCACCUAUAAAGCUUCCAAAAUGUCCUUUAAAGAUACCUUCAGUGACCUUUCUAAAUAUGUGGAAAAUCCUGAUAUCAGGUGGGAAUACUGUAUGCGAGCAAAGCGAGGACAGUUGGACACAUCAAGGCCAGGAAGCUUUUGCAAAGAUCAAGUCUAUUUAGUGGGUGUCUUGCAGUUACUUAAAAGAAGAAAAAAUUUAGAUUUUCCGAUGCUUCUACGGCUAGGUAAAAUAUCAUUUCGGGAUGUGAAUCGCAGAUGUGUAACAGAUGCUGCUAAAUUAGACAAGACCAGAAUCCCAAAGUUCAUGGAAGAUUUAGAGAGUUAUCAUCAGAAACUAGACAAUGUUGUCAAAACCAAUGGUCUUACAGAUAUAUUGUCACAUGUAGAAUGAGACAAAUAGUUUUAUCUUGCCAGUUUUGUUAAAUCUUACAGGGGAAAUUAAAAGCAUUUAUGGUACACUUAAUAAGUUUAAUGGUACUUGCUUUGGAUUAGAGCCCUGGACUAUGAGGUCAAGUAGAGUUCACUUAUCUUAAAGCUGAAGAAAGUCCUGGUGGCAGAUCUCUGUCAGCCAAGGGAGAAUGUUUCAGUUAUUUGUAGGUUAUAGAAUUUAACAUCUUGGCAGUCUAAAUGUACGGGUAUCUAACAUUUACCAUAUUAGACUAAAUGCCAGAUUUUUAAAGUAUCAGAAAAUGUUUUGUAAUAUUGGGAAUAUUCAUGUUCUCUUUUAGUGACAUUACUAUAACAAUAUUGUGCAUUUAUUUACAAUAAUAAAAAUUUUAGGAAUCAUGUUCAGUGUAAUUAAUUUAUGGGUUAUUAAGAAUAUUUAAGUACCUAUUCAAACCCUUGUAAUUUG